AUGAGCGCUCGAGACGUCGACCUCGAGUUCGAGAAGGCAUAUCAACGCCUCUUCUCUCGAUCGACUGGGUCCGAAGGAUCUUCAAGUGCCGAUGCGAAUGUUGGUUCAGCCUCGGCAGCCGAAUCCUCGAAAGCGCCACCCCGCCCUGCCAGCUCCUCACCAGCAGCAGCGUCACCUGGACCUUCAUCACGCCCCGCCAACGAACGACAACAUACACCUCGCGAAGAUGCGAGCACACAAGCAUUGCUGCGGCAUCAGCCCGCGCACAGAACAGCACCUACACCGAGCAGAGGUAUUAUUCCUGCGAGACCUAAGUCCGUGCCCCGCGAGCGGCCCGCCCAACCAGGUUCAUCUUUUGCCGGCCUUGAUGCCCUUGCUCGAUACAGCAGAACAGACAACUCCAAAGGCAAAGCUCGAGCGCAGUCCUCUCAUCUCAACACCCAUGAAGAUCACGUUCCAAGGAGUAGUCGCAGCCCGCUGAUCUCAGAUGCGAGUCUACCACAGCAGCAAGCAUCGACACCAAUACCUCAAGCAAGAGCGGUGACCUACUAUCCAUAUCCUCACGCCCAGGCAUCGUAUCCAGCAUCCGGCGCCUUUGUGGGGCCAAGCUUAACCUCGAUACCCGGACAAGCAGUGGCAUGGGCGCAGCCCGUCAUGUCGGCUGGUCCAAUGCCUGCGAUGGCAUAUCCUGGAUUCAGUGCCCAGGUCACCUUCUCUCAGCCUCAAUUCUUUGCAUCACAUCCACCGCAGCAACUUCAAUCAGCUUUGACUACCUUGCCACAGCAAUAUACCCAUCAGCAAAGCAUCCCUGCAACGCCUAUAAUCCAUGCGUCCUCACCACCACAGCUUGUCGAGCAACAGCAACAGCAGGCUAGCACGUCACCGGCUAAACAGCAGCAAGAAGCAGACCCAGCAAAAUCGGCCAAAAUGACCAAGAAACGGCACAAGACGACCAAAAACAUCCUAGAAGCAAAGAUCAGAAAGAUCUUGCAAGCGUCAGGGCUCGAUUUCAGGACGAAGGGUGAUACGUCGCCACGUCGUAACAAGGUGACAUCGUCGUCUUCUGUCGUAGUGGAUGGCUCGCUGUCUCCCAGCGCUCAAGCUAGACACUAUGCACAAAGCGUUAUGGGCGACUUUCGCGAGAAGCGAAGGGUCAAGCUCAAUGAUAAGCCGAAGAAGAAGGCAACUAAACCCACCACAAAGCCGCUGCUUGACGAUUAUGGCAAUGUGAUACGCAGGAAACGAGGUCGUCCACGUAUUCGACCUCUUACUCCGGAGGUCGACGUCAAACCUAAGGUCAUCAACGGUUGCAUUGAUGGCAUCCCUCUAGUGAAGACCGAAGCCCAAGAUGGAGUGUGGCCUUCUAAGGCUGCGUCGACGUACCCACCAACGUUUGACGGCUCCUUGCCAAUGGCAAAGCACGCAGGCAAACCUUUUCGACUCGAAACGUACACGCUGUUCAUCCAUCAAUCACGUAGGUUGCGCUGGUUGGUGCGUCAGGCAAUUUCAAAGGUUGAGGUCGGAUCGGAUACAAGGACGAAUUCUCCGCCAGACACAACGCAGUGGGCCAGGUGGAGCAACUCCAUCGCUGCGCAGUUGCAAGGGCUUGGUGAUGAGCCCCUGCCAUCGUCCAACGCUGAUACAGCUUCGGCUGGACACUCUUCACCCGCAGCUUUGCAAGCACAGUCACAAUCAGAUCCUGCUGGCCUCUUCCCACGAGAAAGGCGACGUGGAUACGUAGCGUUGCGUAAACAGCUGCAUUCAGCUGCUCGAACUGCCACUGCUCGGAUCUGCAUCCAUCGCCUGAUCCGAUACCUUGCCAAGGUGGGUACUGCAGCUGACAGAAUCGACUCGCAUGUCGAACGCCGCAAGUAUGUCGAGCGGAGAUGUCGAGCAGCAAAGCUCCAUAAGCACGCGUUUCGCUUCGCUCGGCCUACCACGCUGAAUCUACGGAAGAUGUGGAUUGUCUGGGCUCGCACUGCUCACCAAUCAAACCCUAGGAAGGUGGGAACAAUGACGGCAGGUCAGCAGCGAAGAGCUUCAUUUGCACCACAAAUGCAAGUGCAGGAACUUGGUCCACUGCCACCACAGCAACCAGGAGUGCGAGUUAAACUCGAACCUGAAUCUCCAACCAAGACUUUGCUCUUCGCACAACCUGCACAUCAAGCUAAUCUGGUAAGGGUAAAAGCUGAACCCAUGUCAGACGAAAUAAUGACCCCACCACUGCUGACUAAGAGCGUAACGAUCAAGUCCGAGCCAGGCAUAGAGCCGGCAUUGCCCCAGACGCAAAGUGAAAGAACCAAUCCGCCGCUCUUCUUACGUCGAAACUUCCGACUCUAUCGCUUACUCGGAUUAUCGAAUCUGCCGCUCUCCUAA